AUGAGAACACAAGUAGCAGUGACCGUGGAGACGUGAGGGUGUACACUCUCGCUCCAGUGACUUACAUAUCCCGUGCUAACCUUUAAUGACCUUUCCUGGAGUGUGACCCCGCGUGACGCACUCCCACAUUGACCUAACAUUCCACACAGACGCCUCCGAACAUUUCCAUUUGGAGGUAUAUGUGUUAUUUAAGGCUAAGCGACCCGUUGUAGUGUUUGUUUUAGUGUAUUAUGCGAGAUAUGGCAAAUAUGGCGGUAGUGUUGCCUGAGAGAGAGAGACCUUCACCCAAGGUGUGGCAGCCAUGGUAUAUGGAAGAGAGUGAGGGAGGAGGGAAGGAGCUGCCAACACGUGCACAUAGGGACCAGCGUGCCAGAGAGAGGCUCACACUUGCUCGCCCAGCACACAGAGCUACACCUAGUCCUGAGCGUGGGUGUUCAAGUGAAGACGAAAUUAACGUGGUUGACUCCCCGCCGCCCACGACGCCCAUGUACGCCCACGGCUACAUGGAUGACGACGUCCCACUGGAUAUGACCAUUAAGAGGCGUUCCCCCCCGCCCACACGCCACCCACACCACGCCCCUACCUCCAACUCCCCCUCCCCACCACCCUACCACCCACGACCCACCUAUCUACCAGCCCCCGCCCGCCCACGCCCAUCUGUCAUCACCUGCGUCCCGCCCAGAUACCUCUCCGCCCACGAUCUGCCGCCCGCGGAACCCGCCCAUCUCCAGCCGCCCCCUGCGUACUCAGACCGCCCACUGCCACCCCCGUAUAGUGUGGCCACCGCCCACUUGAACCAGCAGAGGGCCAGGGAGUCGCUAUCACGCCCACAGGUCAAUACCACGCCAACCACCCCCGCCCACAGGCAUAGCCCACGCCCUGACGAGUUGCCCUCGUUACGUAAAGUUGUACAAGCUGGACCUGUCGACCCGGAGAUUGAUGAGCACUUCCGCCGUAGUCUGGGCAAGGACUAUCACCAGCUGUUUGCAGCCACCACACCCAAACCUCUUCCCUCCACAGACUCAGUUGACGACCACUUCGCCAAGGCCCUGGGGGAGACGUGGGUCAAACUGCAGGCGGAACGUCGUGAUUCCACCGCCAGCAACAGCAGCAGUAGCAGCAACAACGGGAACAGCAACGGCGGCGGCGUGGCCAGUGCUGUUGCAAGCCGUUUGAGUCCCACACGGUCGUCUCCGCCUCCCAUACCUCGCCUGAUCUCCACGUGAGCGCCUCACGCUGCUCCACAAAGCUGUGCUGAGAUACACGAUGUGACUGCCGUCGCUUCUACCUUGCAAGUCUACAUGGGUAGCAAGUUGUCGGAUGAGCACCGGCGCACCCCUGUCUGGUGUCCAAGAGCGUCCUCCGCCCAGUCUCCACGAAUACGACACCUUACUCUCGCCCACAAACACAUGCUUCUCCCUUAAUACAAUACUUGGGGCGGAGGUGGGCAGGCAGGCAGGGAGAGUCAAGGACAUCACCUCCCUCAGUCCCACAAGGAUUUCUUAGCAGCUCUCAGCUCUGCAUCUUACGAUGGAGUUUUGCUGCAUCUGAGAAGUGUGCGUACUGUAAAGAUGCUGUACAUUCAGGGAAAAGAUGAAUUACGUAAUUCUAUAACUAGAGCGCUACAGUGACCGUGGUUAGUGUAACAGGGGUGUUAGACACGGGCGUUAUCUAGGACUAUAUAGAAGGGUAGGCAAGACCUGCCCUGCUGAAAAUUAGGCUGGUACCUUAAAUUCCUCACCACUAGAAUCUCUUAUAUAUAAAUUCAUGUUGUGUAUUGCAUUUUUUGGCAUAAACAAUGUAUAUAAUUGUAAACAUUUUGUAAAUACAACUAUGUAUAUAUUGCUUUAUGUAUAUAACCGAUCAAAUUCAUAUUGGUGUUUGUUAAUAAAACUUGAUUAAGAAAAGAGCUGUUAUAAUUAAUUUAGGAUAAACAUUAUAGUAUGUUUAAUAUUAAAUUUUGGUCCGAGUGAAGUAUUUAUGUUGCAUUGUGUGUUGUGGUAGAGGGCAUUAUACCAGUGAAUGUGACCGGGUCUUAAGCUCACUCGCAGUUGUGUAUGUAUCCACAGCUGUAUGUAUAUACACACACACACACUGAAAGGUGUAUGUCUAUAUUUACAAGGUGUGCCUGUAUGUAUACACCAAGAAAUUAUUUAUGUAUAUACCGAUAGGGGGUAUGUCUCCCUGUAGAUAUAGAAAUAGCCUAUAUAAAUCGAGGUGUCUAUUCAUAUAGGUUUACAUCUCUCAAUGUGUGUGUGUAAUAUAUAUAUAUAUAUAUAUUAUGCAUGCAUGCAAUAAGAUCACAGUAAACAGGUGAUUUUAAAAUAUGCAAAACAACCACUGUGAAAGAGUAGUGAAACUCCAA